CUGUCAGAGAACUAAAAUUCCAAAAUAUAACCUCAAAUUUUAGAAUAAAAUGCAAAUUUUGAUUUAGCUUGAUGUAAAUAAACUGCAACAGUUUGUAAUUUAAAAAUAUAAUAGUCGUUUUAUUCUUCGAAACCACAAUGUCUGCUGCUAAAAGGGUUCAGCAAUGGGCCACAUUUGCUCGCACUUGGCACAUUUUCGACUGCAAAUGGCAGGACCCUUACGAGUCGGCGAACUUGAUCAAGAAGUAUUUGAUGGGCCUGCACAAACCUAUCUACCAUCCAAUGAACGACUGCGGCGAUGUCGUCGUCUGUGUGAACAGUCGUGAUAUUGCGCUGAGAGGAGACGACUGGAGGCAGAGGGCCUACUUCCACCACACUGGCUACCCUGGGGGCGCUACAUGGACUCUGGCCUGGGAGCUGCAUAGCAAGGAUCCUACUAUGAUCAUCAAGAAAGCUGUGUACAGAUCAAUGAAGGGUAACCUCCAACGACGACACACAAUGGAGCGGCUCCUCAUAUACCCUGGCAUGAAUGUUCCGGAAGACGUCAUGCAGAAUGUCACCAACCAGAUCCGUCAAAUACGCUAUGUACCAGUCAGACUUGACCACAUACCUGAAGAGGAAGUUAAGAGUUUCCCUAAAGUCAUGGAUUACCCUGAAAAUUAUGUGCUUAAAUAAUUUAGGAUCUACAUUACAGUGCUCCAAAA